GCCCAAGCAGAAGCCAGAAGCUACGCCUACACUUGGCCAUGCAGUGGCUCCUAUGGCGCCCGAACAGCAAGUCGUGGAUAGGGCUGCUGCGGGGCCCGUGGCUGCAUGUGCACCCAAGCAGUCUUAUGCAGAGGCUCCUGCUAAUCAUGUGCCCGCCUCACCAGUACUGCAUGUUGUGCAUGCGGCUGCUUCUACCGUGCUUGUGCAGCCGGGCAUGGGUUCGGGUGCGCCGUCACCCGUGCAGGCUACAGCUGCUGCUUCAGUGCGUGCGCAAUGUUCAAUGACGCCGUCCGUCGAGACUUCUUCAGCUCCUGCUCCGGUUGCCGUGGUCCCCCUUGGCCCAGCUGCGGGUGGUCUGAGCGGAUCAGCCACAACACCCCUUGCGGUUGCUUCAGUGGGACUUGCGGCGCGUCCCUCUUCACCGACCUUUGGGAUAGUUCAGACGCCGCCGAGCUCGCAACAAUCUACACCAACGUCUCAACAUAAGACACCGAUGUGUACUAUGUCUGGAGGGCAGGCUUCACCCCUUCGACGUAGUAACCGUCACGCCGUCUCCGCGGAUGGUUCCUCUCCGACCGACGAACAUUCACUUGUAAAGGCAAUGCGUCGACAGGCCUCGAGGAAUUUGGACCCCACACCAGGUACCUCGUCUCCUCAAUCUUUUCUUUCAUUUUCGAAUACCCGCAUUUUCUCUAGCUUAAAGAAUGUUGGUAUAUCUAUGGGGAGAAAUGAUAAUGAUAUUAAUAUGUCGGUUGGGGCACUUAAACAUAUGGAGAUUGACCGUUUAAAGGUUUCUCCAAAGUGUAAUAGCACCCCACCUAACCCUGAGACGGAGGACGAAGAUGAAACGGAUGCCAAAUAUGAUGGUCCGCUUAUCUCCCACUUGGUUGGUGAGGUUACCGAGGUUGGUUUAGAUGAAGCAAGACCUGGAUCCAUGUUUUGUGACUUCACGGCGUCUUCGCGUAAAUCUAAAUCGCAUUCCUCAAAAAAGAAACAAAAACCGCCCAAGAAGGCGAAAGGUUCCACAUCGACCCGAGUUUCCACAUGAGAGGCAUGUUUUGGAAUAGCAGAGGUCUCUCAGACUUGGCUAAACAUAAACACGUCAGUGAUUGUGUACGUGAACAUGGGUUGGACUUUGUGGCAAUUUCCGAGGCUGGUAAAUGUGACUUCCGGCCAAAUGUCCUCGAGCACCUAUCAGGUGGUUUCGACUACACAUUGCAUAGUCUACCAGCUCGUGGAAGGUCUGGAGGAAUCCUUCUUGGGAUACAGACCACGACCAUGGACUUGUUGGCUUUUUCGACAGGUGAAUUUCAUAUCAAAUUUCACUUACGAAACAGAGCUGAUAAUCUUACUUGGAGCCUGGUCGCGGUCUAUGGGGCUGCCCAAGAUGAACACAAAUCAGCUUUCCUUCGUGAAUUGGUGAACCUGGCUAAAGAUAACCCGUAUCCAAUGAUUAUUGGAGGGGACUUUAAUAUCCUUAGGUACCAACAAGAGAAAAAUAAUGACCGCUUCGACACUCAUUGGCCCUUCCUAUUCAAUGCUGUGAUAGACAGUUUGGAUCUUCGGGAGGUUAGUAUGUCGGGGCGGCAGUUCACCUGGGCUAAUAACCGAUCUGUGCCGACAUAUGAGAAGCUCGAUAGGGUACUCAUGGACACCGAAUGGGAACUAAAAUUUCCUAUGGUAACCGUGCGAGCCCUAGAGCGUAUCGAGGCAUUAUCAGAUCAUGCACCCAUCAUUCUGGAUUCUAACUCUGUGAACCCAGCAGCCCGUCGCCCUUUCAAAUUUGAAUUGGGAUGGCUGCAUCGGGAUGGAUUUGUAGACAUAAUCAAGAAUGUUUGGGAGAAGCCCGCCGUUGGUCGCACACCUAUUCAGAGAUGGAACUUUAAAAUAAGGGCCAUGAGGCAACACCUCGCUGGAUGGGCAAAACACACCAACGGGAUAUAUAAAAAAGAAAAACAACGGCUCUCUACCAUCAUUGACGACCUCGACAAGAUUGCAGAGACACGCACCUUAUCUCAACAAGAGAUUGAAUUAAAAAAUCAAUCUAAUGAGAAGGUAGCCCGUCUUUUGCGAGAAGAGGAGAUCAAAUACUACCACGGAUCUAAAGCUGAUCUCAUAUUGAUGGGUGAUAGUAAUACAAGAUACUUCCAAUUGAUCGCCAAUGGGCGACAUAGGAAGAAAUGUAUUUACAGUCUCCAACAAGAUGAGGGGCUGAUCGAAGGUCAGGAGGAGCUCAAAAGUAUAUCACCAAAUACUAUAAAUCGUUGUUCGGCGCGCCAGCUGAGGGGAACUUCACCCUUGACGAGACCCGAACAGAUGAUAUUCCACAAGUCACGGCAGAAGAAAAUGAUAUCCUAA